GUGUGUGAAAAAAUAUUCAAUGUGAUUCAUUUAAUCAUAAUUGAUUAUGUUGUCGUGUCUCGGAAACAUACCUCGCGGUAUUCGGAGGUGUUCUCUAGACGCGUCGUCUCCGUCGCCCCUCAAUUCUUCUUAUUCCCAAAGACUACAGAAAGCAGAGGACAAUGUAGAGUGGAAAAUUUGAAGGAGAGGAAAAAAGAAAGAGAGAAGAGGAGGUGUGAAAGAUGAGCAGCUCCUCAUGGGGAAGUCUUGUUAUAAUUGUGGGAGUUGUAAUUUGUUGGCAAUUAUCUUGCGCAUCUGAAAGUGACAAAUCAGUGAGAUCAUUGAAAAAUCGACGUCGAUCGUCAUCAUGGCAUGUGGUUGUUUCGUUUACACAAUCACAAACGGCACAUGGACGAAUUAUUCAUGCAGCGACAAAUUACAAAAAUGAUAUUCAAACGGCAUGGGAGAAGACAAGAGCGGACGCAUCAUUGACUGACAUUGAAUUGACAUAUGUCGAGGCACGUGAAACACCCGUCACUGAUUCAUUGUCUUAUCCAUUGUCACUUUUAAAUCAAUUUUGCGAGGAUAUUGAGAAUGGCAAGACGAUAUUAAACAUCGUUAUCGGUGGUGGUCCAGCAGCUAGAUUCCUUGUGUCAGCAGCAUCAUCUAUCAAUAUUCCCACUCUCUGGCUACCAUUCACCUAUCGCGAUUUUCUCCAACAGGGCCAGAGAGCAAGAUUCGAAAGCCGCCUGGGCUCGAGUCCGGAGCAACUUGGAUCAGCGGCGGCAGCUCUAAUGCACAAAGCCAAUUGGCACGCGUUCACUCUCUUCAUCGACACAACAUUACUCCCCGUGCAUCAUCUUCUAAAAACACAUCGAAUGAAUUUAACACCCAAAACGAUAAUUCAUCUUCCAACCAACGACAAGACUUUAAGACUAAGACUUCGCCGACUGUCCGAAGAAGGUGGAAGUGGCGGCGUUCUCCUGAUAGCGUGCGAUCUUUACAAUGCCCGAAGAAUAAUAAAAACCGCGGGCAAAUAUGAAAUGCUCACGGGACGAUUUUUAUGGUUGUGGCUCGAUCUAAAAGAAGAAUUACGCUCGAACGAGCCAAAUUUAAUCGACUCACAAUUAAUACACGGCACAUCACGAGUUGGUAUCACAACAAAUGAUAAUUUACCACCCCUAGAAACAAUCGAACGUAAUGUUAAUCUCGUUCCCGAUAACGAAAUAAAUUUAGAUUUAUUACCUAAUUUAGCGAGUGACAUACAACGUUUACAUGAAUAUCGAUGGGCAAGCGAAAUGAUUGUAAAACGAAAACGUCAAGAUAAAUUCAUAAAUUUUGAUGUCGAUAAUAAUAAUAAUAAUAAUAAUUAUAAUAAUAAUAAUAAUAAUAACGAAAAUGACGAGCGCGACAAAACGUUUGAUAAAAAAUUAAAUUCUAAAAAUUUUAUGCCAGUUGGAAUGCUUGCCUUGACGCCUUCUAGUUUACAUCUGACGAGUGGGGACGAUACGAGAGGUUCCUUAAGACGCCUUAUGAGUGGCGAAGAUAUAUUGCCAAGUAUGCUGCGUGCAACAUCACAGGCACUAGAAGAAUCUAUCGCUCAACUCAAACCGAAAUUCUCACGAGUUCAUGAUUCUCAAUUAAAGGAUUAUUUUAUACCCAAAUGUCUAGCUCAAAAUCAGGCGAAAUUUAUUUUCAACGAAUUUCGCGAAAAUAUGUCCCGAAUAUUAACAUCAAAAUUAAGGGACUCAAUGGAGGAAAUAUCUAGGAAUAAAGCGGAAUUUCAAUUAUUGAAUCUACAAGGCGUUACCUUUGCCGGAAAUAGAACACUCUUGAAAUGGACCAAAGUGGGAAACAUCAAGGGCGGAAAGAGUGUGCGUCUUGAUACGAUUAUUUGGCCAGGUGGUGGAAUUGUGCCCGCUUAUCUUGAGCAAGGUGGUGAAAAAAUUGGAAUGCCCUUGUAUCGAAUAGUAACUGCACUCGCACCACCAUUCACGAUGGCAACAAAUUUACAAGAAGGCCAGUGCCUGAGAGGUGUGACUUGUCAUCAGGGCGAAAUAAUAAAAUGCUGCUAUGGAUUCACCAUCGAUCUAUUGGCGCAAAUGUCCAAAGAAUUGGAAUUUCGUUUCAAUCUCUAUAUUGUAAAGGAUGGAUAUUUUGGAAGAAAACUUGGACGCGAUGGUACAUGGAAUGGCGUGAUCGGCGAGCUUGUUACGGGUCAUGCUCAAUUAGCUUUUGCCCCAUUGAGCGUUUCUAAGCGACGUGCCGAGGUGGUCGAUUUUACAACUCCGUAUUUUUACAGCGGAGUCAGUUUUUUAUCCGCGCCGAAACAUCGUUCGGAAAUUCCACUACUUGCCUUUCUACAGCCGUUUAGUCCGCAACUAUGGAUAGCCGUAUUUACCUCGUUACAUAUUACAGCCUUCAGCGUUGGAAUCUUCGAAUGGUACAGUCCCUUUGGAUUAAAUCCAUGGGGGCGAAAUAGAAGUAAGAACUUCUCUAUUUCCUCUGCCCUGUGGGUGAUGUGGGGCCUCCUUUGCGGUCAUCUUGUGGCAUUUAAAGCUCCGAAAUCAUGGCCUAAUAAAUUCUUGAUCAACGUCUGGGGUGGAUUCUCGGUUAUAUUCGUCGCCUCCUAUACUGCCAACAUUGCGGCUUUGAUCGCUGGACUCUUUUUUCAUUCCUCCGUCACGACGCAUCGAAGCUUAUUAUCGCAACGUGUUGGAGUCCCAAAAGCAUCAGCUGCCGAGUAUUAUGUGCAACAAUAUCAUAAAGAAUUGUGGUCGCAUAUUAUUAAAUACUCGUUGUCUGACGUUGCCGAAGGAGUUGAGAGACUUCGAAAUGGAAGUCUUGACAUUCUUAUAGCUGAUACUCCAAUAUUGGAUUAUUAUCGAGGCACUGACAAUGGUUGUAGCUUGCAAAAAAAUGGCGAUACCAUCAUGAACGCAGACACAUAUGCCAUUGCCUUGUCUAAAGGACAUCCUCUCACUGAAACCAUUUCCAAAGUAAUAGCCAAUUACACCAGCAACGGAUUCUUGGAUAUCUUGCAGGAAAAAUGGUACGGCGGUUUACCCUGCAUGCGAGAUGGUGGACUUGGAAUCGAUCGCGAGCAGGGAGGACAACCACGACCGCUUGGCGUUGAAUCAGUGGCCGGGGUAUUUUGUCUACUUGGUCUGGGAAUGCUUUUAGGGACAAUUAUCCUCGCCGCUGAGCAUUUAUUCUACAAAUAUACAUUGCCACGAUUACGUCAUCGGCCAAAAACAUCAAUGUGGCGCAAUCGAAAUGUCAUGUUUUUCUCUCAAAAACUCUAUCGAUUCAUUAAUUGUGUUGAAUUGGUGUCACCGCAUCAUGCAGCUAGAGAAUUGGUUCACACUGUUCGUCAGGGACAAAUUACAUCUCUAUUUCAAAAGAGCGUGAAACGGGACAUUCUGCACAAUGAUUUCAAACCAUAUCUUAAGAUGCCUGUGUUCCAGAAGGAAUACGAACAGCGUCGCCGUCGCAAAAGUAAAGCGCAAUUUUUUGAAAUGAUACAGGAAAUCCGAAGAGUGCAACAGGAAGAGAAGGUGGAUGCGGCGCCAAAGGAGGAAAUGCAACGAGCAGCAAAAAAGGAGGAAAAACAGGGACGUGAUCGCAGUCGUAGUAAGAGUCCAUUAAUGUUAAGAAGUCCAAAGAGAUCGGAAAAAUGUACGAGUUCAACAAAUUUAUCGAGUUCAAGACUGGGUUUAUCUCCCAUCAGUUUAGAUACAAUGAAACCACGAGAAUUCACUCUAAGCAGCACAAAUCUCAGAGCGAGAAGUCCACUGGAAACAGUGGGUCGUAGAUUAAGCCACGGCGAAGGCGAUUCACCGCCUCCCUAUCCAGGUUCAAAUUUCGGUGGCAGUGCAAAUUUACGUCCAAUCGCACCACCACGUGGUGAAUCACUAUCAGGCGCCAGUACACAGCCACCAAAAUAUUCCCGAAGUCCCGCAAAAAGAGGUCAAUCGUUCCCCGCUUUUGCCACUCUACGCACACCACAAUCCACUCAUCAUCAGCCAUCAUCGUGCAAGAGUCCAUUACUCUCGCCAAACAGUGAAUUAACAUCAAUUAUAGGUCGCAAAUUAUCCCGAGAAUGGGGUUCCGGUAUUCUCGACAUAACAAGAUCCUCCGAGGCAAUUGGCUCCUGUUCCACCUUCACUCUAAAUCAUGAAACAAAUCUCAUUCCCGGCGAGAGUUCACGUCGCAAAAAAAGCCAAGAGGACAUUCUCUCAUUGAAAAAGCCCAUUCGUCGAGCGAGAAGUCACGAGAAUAAGGACACGGGCAAAUCAUUGAGUGACCUACAGUCGCCAAGAUUAAAUGCCCAACCAGUUGUGGGCGGUAAAUUGGUGAAUGAAAGAACGAAAAAACAAUUGGAAUCGGAAUUGAAGGCAAUAUUAACAGCGCGAGCUCAUCAUCGCGAAUUACUCGAUCCCCCUUGAUGGACGAUCGAUAUCCCGUAAAAAAGAAGAGUUCUUAUUAGGAAAAGCCAGCCAGCUUUUUAAAAUAUAAAGAUCGUCGCCUCUGAGGGGCUUUGAUUGACAUUAAGCAAUAUCAAUGAUUUAUAGGUCAAUUUAUAGAAGAAACUGAAAAACAAAAAAAAUUUUUUAAACAUGCACUUUCAGAGGACUGAAUCAAUGCAUCUAGUAUUUCAUAAAAACAAGAAGAAUGGAGUUAAAAAAUAAGAGAACAAACUCUUCGUGGUUUGUUCCCAUUGUUAUGUACAUUAAUAAAAAAAAAAGAAAUAAGCUAUAGAAGAAAAAAAUAAUUCUAUCAAUUUUUUGGUAGACGUGUCUUAAAAAACAAAAAAAAAAGGGAGAAAAAAAAUAGCACCUGUGAAAAUAUUUUAAAAUAUUUUCUUGUUGGCAUUUUAACUCUACAUUAAACCGUCGGCCCGGGUGAGUCUCUCGUAAUUAUUUUACUUCUUUUUCUGUCGACCGUAAUUAAAAAACGGCAAAUAGAAUAUAAGUACAUAUGCGUAAAAUACAAAAACGCUGCCAAAUUUUUAUUAAAAUUUUCUUACAUAAAUUCUAAAUUUGCGAUUCACGUCAUUAGUCGUAGUUUUGUAGAUUUUAACGAACGAGUGAUCUCGUUUUUUUUGCAGAACUGUACAAGUCUAUUUAAACGAAUAUUCAUCCCUCGAAAUGAAACUUGACCUCAGAAGAAGAAAACUGGAGAAAAACUUGACUUGACCAGUACUGACAAUAAAUAUUUCUGAUUUUUAUUUUAGUUUCCACACACGGAAGAAUGUAUAAAAAAGAAAUUCUAUUUGCAAAAAGAGAGGCUCACUUUCGUAGGUCCAUCGGCGUAGAAAGACCACUAUUGUAAAUCUCUUAAAAUUGCGCGUCAUUUUCGUCACGAUUGUUGGGAUUCAAUUUUUCAAGAAAAAGGAUUAGUAUAAUUAAAAAAAAUUUCGCCAGUAAUGCUGAGACUGAUAUAUAGAGAUGUAGAGAAACUGAAGAAAUUGAAGAAAUUAAAGAAUUUGCGAAAUUUGUGAAAUUUAGAAAAUUUAGAAAAUUUACAGGAAUUGUUUACCAACAAUCAAAAUGAGGAAUUGAAAAGUAAACGAUUGUUUUUUGCUUUCGAAUAUAGCAAGCAAAAAAUUGUUCUUUGCACCCUUGGAAUCCUUUCGAUCGAGUGAAACUGACAAAAAAUUUUCAUUUUACGAUUAUAAGCUGUUAGAAGAAUGUAUGGGACUAAAUUACACUUAUUAAUUUUAAAUGAUUCAUGAGCGAGGCCUUAGAUGUAGCCGGUAUCCGCCCAAUACUUUGAUAGUUGAAUUAUGUAUAAGUACCUAUCCUACUCUAUUGGAAGAUUUCUCUAUACAUUAUAAAUUAUAUUAAGUAGUUAUAGAAAUUGUUUCAUAGUUUAAUACAGUUGACUGUUGAGAAAAAAAAUCUAAUAUUGCGAUUGGUGAAAAUUUUAGGUAGAUCCUCUUCAAUGUGGUAUUGUCAAUUUAAUUUUAAAAAUCAAAACAACUAGAAUAUUCAGUCGUGGGUAAUAUUUUUAUAGCAUUUUUUGUUUUUCAAUUUCCCCCUCGCUUUUUUCAUUUUCCCUAAAUUAACAAUUCAACAAAAUAUUAACAAACAAAAAAUUGAGUUAGUAAUAAAUAAUUGAAUUAGUUUUCUAAUUUGAAUUUUUUUUUACUUUUAUCCUUUUCGAAAUAUUAACAACAAUUUCAAAAUACUCACCCAUGACUGUAAAUUUUCGAAAAUCGGGUAUAUUUGUCGGAAUGUGUUGAUUUCGAGAAAAAUUCCGGAGUCAUCACUAUUCCUAAAUUGUAUUAGCGAAAAUAUAAAAAGCGUUAUAUCCUACGUCCAGAUUGCACUUUAGAAAAAACAUGACUGACAUCUUUGAAAGUCCUAAAGCGAUUGCACUCGCAAACUUCUCCUCUCACUCUCUUUCUCCUUUUUCCGAUUAUUAUCAGUAAUUGUAACGCAAAAAAGUUUCCAAAAAAAAUGCGGACACCUUAUCUGCAAAUUAACAUAAAAAAUAUAGACUAUUGUCAAUAAUUGUGAGCUCGUCUGACGAAAAAUUAGAUUCAAACUACGGGGUAUGAUCAUGGUGAAAAUUUUCGGUUACAACAAAAAAGAAAAGAUUUUUUUCAACUAUUAUAAAAAUUAAAAUUAAUGUACAAAUUUUGAAAUUUUGAAAGUGGCGAAUCUGGUCGACUUUAUAAAAAUUGGGAUAAUUACUUUGAUCAUUCCCCGAGAAAUGUUCUCGGCAAUUUUUUGGAGAAAUUGCAAGAGAGAAAAUAUAAAUAAACGUUUAAAAGUAAAUUCUAGUAGAAAAAGAAAAUAGAUCUAAUUAAUGAGUGAUCAAAAAUUACAAGGGGGCCACAAAGAGUCGCCCGAGCCUAAAGAAAUCAAAGAUACUAGAUUAAUUUUUUAAUUUCACGUCUAAAUCUUGGUCAGGCGGGAUCUAUCUGUGAUUUAGUUAAGUUGCUAUGUAUUUUUAGAACAUUUGGUUUGUAAUUAUUAUUCCAAAAAACAAGAGAAAAUUUACCGAAGAAUCUGCAGAGAACACGUGAAAAUCCCCUGUACAUAAAAGCAUAUUAUAUUAUAAAAAAAAUGGAGACUGCCUGAAUCAGAGGUUGAUCUCACAACACACCGUCUCUGUGCGCCAACAAGAGCAUCUUCCCUUUUUUUUCUCCUCUCCACCUGAAAAAAAAUAGAUAAUCGUUAAUAUUACUAAAAAAAAACUAUCGUAGUGCCUGUUAGGCCUUGAGAAAUGGCGGCCUAGUCUUUCAUUUCUUUCUGUAUAUACUAUUAAAUAUCAAAAUACAAUUAUAAUUUCGAGAGUUACAAAAAAUAUCCAAUUGUCGAAAACUGAAAUCGUUCACUUGGAUAAUUUUUGCCAAAAAAAAAAAAAUUGUUGUCUGAUAACUUUUUCUAAAAAAAAUCUUUAACCGCCAUUAACUCUCGCCAAAAAAAAAAGAAAAGGACGAAAAAUCUCGGAUUUCUCGCCGCUAUGUAUACAAGCAAAAUAAGUACGAGAAAAAAAACAUGAUGCACAAAGCAAGCUGUCCAUAACGUACUUAAUAAUUAUUUCUUUAAAAAAAACAAUGUCAUGAAUAAAAUUCAUUUCUCACUAGCCUUAAGCUUUGAAUCGAUAAAUUCAUUUA